UCAAAAUAAUACGCUGUGAUUCAAUUCAGAAAUUGAUUCUCAUUUUAAACUGUUUUCACAAUAUUGGAAUUAGAAUAAAACCUUUCUCAAGACUGGUUUUUAGAUGUAGACAAAUUUUAAUCAUUUUUCCACACAGUAACUCAGUUACAAAGGAUGGAAAAGACAAUGCAGGUAUUAAAUAAAAUGAAAACAAUAUAAAAUAUAACAUACAUACGUAAUAUUUACAUAAUAUAUGUACAGUAUAGGAUAUUAUGUUUAUAUCAUAAAACAGAGUAAAUCCAGCAGAAAAUAGACAUUAAAAACAAAGACAGACAUUAUAAAGAAAGAUUUAAUGUUCAAGGUUACAAAAGAAAGAUGGCAAAAUUGUUUGACAAAAAAAUUAAAAAAAACAUGAACCACUUUAGAAUCGGAAUCAUUUAAAAGCUUGCGUCAGAUGUAAAAAAAAGAAGUUUUUUUUUAGCAUCCUAUUACUGUAAUUUGUAUUAUACUGUAUCUGUCAUGACCAGGACUUUAGUGGGGUUUGUUGUCCCGUGGUGCAAUACCAUUGGAGGGAACACGGCGUGAAGAAGGGUUCAAUCUCUUUCCUGUGCAAGUUUGAAGCUGACACAACAAACGCGCUCGGAGGAGGUCAUGUUUGAAAAAAGGUGGGUGAAAGUCUCGCUGGACGGGGUCUUGCAGUAAAUACGACAGGAAAGGUGACGUCAUCCUAAAAGAAUGUUGAGUCCGACCCUGAUUGGGCCCCCGUUUUGAGUGGGGGGGUCGGGGGUGGGCGGGACCCUGCAGGACAUCCCGGGGAAGAAGCACACAGUCGGGUCCGCUACGUGCCGCUCUGCCACACUUUGUCCGGGCUUCUUUAUCCCAGUCGCAGGAUGUCUACGGACUUCUCAAGAUGUCUCCGGAACCUUCUGGUCCUGUUGUGUGCUGCCUCGGCUGCUGGAAGGAACAGCAGCGCACGAGGAAGAACCUUCGCCCUCUUCGACGCCUCCUUCACGGACGAGCCCUUCCCGCUCGACGACCUCUACGACCACGACGCGGCCUUCCCAUCCAAGCCCACGGCGAGGGCGCGUAACGCGAGCGCCGCCGUGUCGGAGGCGGCGCUGCAGUUCCUGACGGGCCGCGUGUCCACCCUCCUCAUCCCGUCCUUCUACGCGCUGGUCUGCCUGGCGAGCGUGCCCGUCAACGUCUGCGCCGCGCUGGCCUUCGCCCGCCGCAUCCGCCCCAAGAAGCCGGCCGCCGUCUACAUGCUGAACCUGGCGUGCGCCGACCUGGUCUUCGCCUCGCUGCUGCCCUUCAAGAUGGCGUACCACUUGGCCGGCAACCACUGGGUGUUCGGCGAGGUCAUGUGCCGCGUGGUCACCGCCGCCUUCUACUGGAACAUGUACUGCUCGGUGCUGCUCAUCGCCUGCAUCAGCGUGGACCGCCUCCUGGCCGUGGUCUACCCCAUCGACUCCCUGAGGUGGAGGAGGCCGCGGAUCGCCACGGCGGCCUGCGCCGCCAUGUGGACGCUGUCCCUGGCCGCCUCGGCGCCGCUGGUGGCGUCGCAGCAGACGGUGCGGCUGGAGGAGCUGGGCGUCACCACCUGCCACGACGUCCAGCCCGUGGACCGGCUCCUGGGGCGCUACAAGGUCUACUUCAUCACGCUGUGCUGCGCCCUCUUCCUUGGCCCCCUGCUGGUCACCGUGGGGUCCUACGCCCGCGUCAUCUGGUCUCUGAGCGCCGUCCCCCGCCGCGCCCCCGCCGGCUCGCGCAGGCGGAGCAGAGCCGUGGUGAUGGCGCUGACGGUGCUGGUCAUGUUCCUGCUCUGCUUCGCCCCCACCAACUGCCUCCUGCUCUUCCACUACGUCCACAUCCACAGGAGCGCCCAGGACGCCCCGGAAGGUUCCUACGCCGCCUACUUGGUCUUCCUGUGCUUGGGGAGCCUCAACUGCCUGCUGGACCCGCUGCUCUACUUCUUCGGCUCCUCUCAGUGCCAGAGAGAACUGCUCGGGCUGCUCAGGUGCGGCAAGGCAGCCCAGACCUUCGGCAGCUCCUCGUCCGACUCCUACAGGUCCAGCACCAGGACCUUCCUCAAGUCCGGCUCCAGGAUCGACACUUCUGUCGCCAAGCAGGAGUCUUUGGGCGGGCAGUACAAGAAGCUUUUGGUCUGACCUCCGAGAACCGAAUGUGGACUUUUUCAACACUUAACCUGAAACCAGGACCAGUACUCGUCCAACGAGACCAAAGACCACAGAAAUAUGACACGCUAAGUCUUACAGUCUUCAUACGGCCCCUUUCGUCACGGAUUACCUGACACAUGAAACGUGACAAAUCUCCCCAAACUUGUCCCAAUCAGUUUUUCUUAUAACUAUGAUAUAUUUUGGGGUAUUAAGGUGUUUUUAUUCAUAAUCAGACCCCUCAAACUUGUUCAAAGCUCCCCAAACGUGUCCUACUAACAUUUUUUGCCUAUAAUAGUUUUCAUGUUAGUUAUGAAUAAUAAGACGAUAAUAAGAAAAAGUAUAAAAUGUCAAUAACACAAAAACUAUAAUACCUAAUUAACAUAAAAAUAUAUUACUUAAUAACAUAAACUCUAUAAUAGUUAAAGACAGAAACUUUGCUGUGUUUUUUAAGUGUAUUUUUAAAAAGUUAUUUACAAAAAUCCCAGAAUGUUAAUCAAUCUAAUAAAAGAAAACAUAGGAUGAAAAAAAAUACUACACUAAAAAAAUGAAAAUCAAAAAUGUAUGACAGCAACUGAUUAAAAAACUGAUUCUUAAUAAAAAUUAAAUACAAUUGUCAAAAUAUUCCCCCUUCUCCAAAAAAAAUAGCAUUUUAAUCGAAAAAAACAUUUGAAAAUUUUUUUGUCAAAAAAAUAAUUUUUUUGUUUUUUUUUCUUAGAAUCAAAUUCGAAUAGUAAUUAAUAACAAUCGAGUUUUGGGUGCGAAUCAACUUUUUGAGCACCGUCAAAACUGACAAAAUCCAUGUGUGUAAAAACUGUACUCUGCAAUUAAUACAAGCAAAAGUAUCAAUAAUAAUAAUAUCAAUAACAGUUGUUUAGUUUUUUUUUUAAUGAAAAAUGUAUUUAAAAAAUAAAAUUGUAAAAAAAAUGUAAAAAAACCAUGUUGAUUUUUUAUUAUUUUUUGAAGAAUUGAUUUAGAAUAGUAAUUAAUAAAAAUUAAGAUUUGGGUGUGAAUCAACUUUUUGAGCACCGUCAAAACUGACAAAAUCCCUGUGUGUAAAAACUGUACUCUGCAAUUAUUCCAAGAAAAGUAUCAAUAAUAAUAAUAUCAAUAAUAGUUGUUUAGUGUUUUUAAAUGAAAAACAAAUUUAAAAAAAUAAAAUUGCAAAAAAUUAUUUUUUUUUUAUUCAUUUUUGGGGUUUUUUAAGAAUCGAUUUAGAAUAGUAAUUAAUAAAAAUAGAGAUUUGGGUGUGAAUCAACUUUUUGAGCACCGUCAAAACUGUACUCUGCAAUUAAUAUAAGCAAAAGUAUCAAUAAUAAUAAUAUCAAUAAUAGUUGUUUAGGUCUUUUAAAUGAAAAAUGAAUUUAAAAAAUAAAAUUGCAAAAAAAAAACAACAUUGAUUUUUUGUUUUUUUUAAGAAUUGAUUUAGAAUAGUAAUUAAUAAAACUUAAGAUUUGGGUGUGAAUCAACUUUUUGAGCACCGUCAAAACUGACAAAAUCCCUGUGUGUAAAAACUGUACUCUGCAAUUAAUACAAGCAAAAGUAUCAAUAAUAAUAAUAUCAAUAAUAGUUGUUUAGUGUUUUUAAAUGAAAAACAAGUUUAAAAAAAAAAAAAAAAUUGUAUUCAUUUUUUGGGUUUUUUUAAGAAUCGAUUUGGAAUAGUAAUUAAUAAAAAUUGAGAUUUGGGUGUGAAUCAACUUUUUGAGGACCGUCAAAACGGUGACAAAACUCCUGCGUGUAAAAACCAUACUCAGCAAUUAAUACAAGCAACAGUAUCACUAAUAAUAUCAAUAAUGGCUGUUUAGUCUUUUAUUCGGGGGAAGCAAAAAAAAUUGCGAAAAUAAUAUAUAUAUUUUUUUAUAAGAAUUGAUUUAGAAUAGUUGUUUUUUUUAAUCGAGAUCUGGGUGUGAAUCAACUUUUUGAGCACUCCUCCCAUCAAAAUCCCUGUGUGUAGAAACCAUACUCUGCAAUCAUUAAAAGCAACCGUAUCAAUAAUAUCAAUAACAGUUAAGUGAUUUAAUCGAAAAAAUGUUUUACAAAUUUGCAAAAAAUAGUUGUUUUUUUACUUUAAUGAAAUCGAUUUUCUUUUUUUUAUGCAUAAAAAUUCUAUUUGAAUAUUAAUCUCAUCGCAUGGCGCCCAAAAACCUAGCGAGUCACUCAUCUUACUCACGAUGUCUUUGUGUUGAGUGUCCGCCCUGAGAUGGGAAGGUUGUGAGUUCAAACCCCGGUCGAGUCACACCAAAGACUAUUAAAAAAAAUGGGAGCCAUUACUUCCCUGUUUGGCUCUCUGCAUCAAGGGUUGGAAUUGGGGGGUUAAAGGCCUACUGAAAUGAGAUGUUCUUAUUUAAACGGGGAUAGCAGGUCCAUUCUAUGUGUCAUACUUGAUCUUUUCGCGAUAUUGCCAUAUUUUUGCUGAAAGGAUUUAGUAGAGAACAUCCACGAUAAAAUUCGCCACUCUUGGUCGCUAAUAAAAAAGCCUUGCCUGUACCGGAAGUAGCAGACGAUGCGUGCGUGACGUCCCGGGUUGUGGAGCUCCUCACAUCUGAACAUUGUUUACAAUCAUGGCCACCAGCAGCUAGAGCGAUCCGGACCGAGAAAGCGAGGAUUUCCCCAUUAAUUUGAGCGAGGACGAAAGAUUUGUGGAUGAGGAUAGUCAGAGUGAAGACCUAGAAAGAAAAAAAAGGUGAGGGCAGUGGGAGCGAUUCAGAUGUUAUUAGACACAUUUACUAGGAUAAUUCUGGAAAAUCCCUUAUCUGCUUAUUGUGUUACUAGUGUUAUAGUGAGAUUAUAUGGUACCUGAAAGUCGGAGGGGUGUGGUGAGGGAAGCCACGAUUCUCAACGAGGCAAAGCGAAGGCAGCUUUUGGGGCCAGGCUGAGCUUUUUUUCCCCCCUCCUCCUCAGUGAAAGCAUCCCACGUUCGGGGGAGGCCGGUCGAAAGAGGCAAGAGAGUCCGUAGCUGCCCGUUUGACAGGUGCACGAGGAACGACGCAAGCUAUCCGCUCAUGUCUAGGGUAAGAGCCGACUUAUUACCACAAUUUUCUCACCGAAACCUGCCGUUUGACAUGUGGUAGGGAACCAUGUCCGCUUGACCUCUCUGUUCCAUAUUAAAGCUUCACCGUCAUCUUUAAGGAAUGUAAACAAAGAAACACAGGCUGUGUUUGUGUUGCUAAAGCCUGCCGCAAUAAAACCGCUUCCCACCUA